UCAGUGAGGCCGGCGCCCGCCAGUAAUAAACAUGGCUCCCUAAAGCCGCUCGGGCUCAAGAGCAACAUGGAGGCCUGCACUUCAUCGCUCCUCUCUGGGGGCGGCCAUACUGAGGAGGCAUCUCUUCCGUGCAGGCAGGCUGUCCUGGGGACCUCAGAGAUUCUCUCCAGCGGCAGCGGAAAAUGGGCAACGGGUGGAUUCGGGUCCAGAUUCCGGCAGGAGGGAGUUUGGGAUCGAGAUGUGGAAAAAAGCAUUAGACUGGAAGAGGACGCGAUGGAGUCGGAGCCGCUGGCGGGGACAAAAACCUGGGGCUGGGGAAGGCGCCGGUGGGAGGCAAGGCGCCGAGGGACUUUACCCGCGCACGCGUCGCAGCCGUCUCCGCGCACAGUGGUGGCCAUCGCGGCUGGUGCCCCAGUGUCGGCGUGUGCCGGGGGCUCCACUGGGACCCCGGUCGCUCGCCCUGAGUCUCCCCUUCCUCAGCUGUACGCUUGGGACAAGAACAGUAACCCGCCAUCAAGACAGGCCGGGGCUGUCCGGAGGGCCCACGCCUUAGAGCAGGCCCCUAUCGUGUUCAGGGCCCUGAGAUGGGGUCUGACUCAGUUCCUGCGGGGAAAUUCACCAGUGACCCAGUGAGUGCCCUUCAGUUAAAGACCACCAGGAGCACACUUGAUGUUACAAAACAAAGGAGUCUUCAAUGUUCU